AUGGGCAGACAAGCACAAAGUGGGCAAGCACAAAGCAGACAAGCACAAAGUGGGCAAGCACAAAGUGGGCAAGCACAAAGCAGGCAAGCACAAGAUGGGCAAGCACAAGGCAGACAAGCACAUAUUAGGCAAGCACAAAGUGGGCAAGCACAAGGUGGGCAAGCAAAUGGCAGGCAAGAACAAG